AUGGCAACUGUAUUUUUUUCAAGGACAUUGCCAAGGCAUCAUUAUCCUCUGAGUAAUCCCUUUAGUUUUGCGCAUUUAUCUAUUGCUUUUAGGCGGACCUGUAAGACUUCCACCUUUCAUUCUUUUGCUUCUAAGCAUCAGUUUGUAAUAAGAGCUAGAACAAAGAAAUAUUAUACUGAAAAGACAAAUCGAUCGCUAACACCUGAAAAUAAAACGUCAAUUCCUCCUGAUAACGUAGUUCAAUCAAAUAAUUCUGAAAAAACUUCUAAUCCAAUUCUCGAUUCGGAUAACAAAAAUCAACCCGAACAUACUGACGUACUAACAAUUAUUCAAGAAUCACCUAGAAAUAAAUCAAUAACUACUAUCCCUCUAGUGCUUGUACUUGCGGCAUCAGCACUUUUGAGUUUCUAUCUCUAUCAGUAUUUCACUUCUUCCGUUAACAAAUAUCCCGAAGAAAUUCGUAAAAAUCUUCGAAAAGGCCUCUUUUAUCAAAAUUAUCGAAAUGAUCCAAACCGCGCUGUUAAUUUUUAUCAAACUGCUUUAACUCAAGCAUUUAAUCACAAACAAUUAGAUAAUGCUUCUCCUGAAGUCACUGGUAUAAUGAUUCAACUAGGUAGCCUUUAUGAAGAGCUUGGUAGGACGCGUGAUGCUAUUGAUGUUUUCACAAUGGCAUAUGAUGCAAUUUCUACUCCUAAUAAUGUUCCGAUAAAAUUGGAAGGUGAAAAUAAAAUCAGGUUGAUUGCUUUAGCACAAAAACUUGGUGAUUUACAUCAUAGUCUGAAGCAAAAUGAACAAGCUGAGAAAUAUUAUGUUUGGUCAGUAGAGCAAUUACUGCAGUCACAAGCUGAAAAUACUCAAUUAAAUCAACUUAGAAAUGAUAACCAAAGUGGAUUUUUUUCAAAGAGGCAUGAAAUAAACGCUCUUCCAUCAUGGAUGACAUUAACAGAUUUAGGUGCUUCACUUGAAGCCCUGGCGUCUUUUUAUUCUUCACAACAUAAAUAUGCUUAUGCUCUCCCACUUUAUCUUCGUGCUUUAUCUUUGAUCAAUCCACCUGAAUCUUCUUGUCAUUCGGCUGUUCUCAUGAACAACAUAGCGGAAGUAUUCACCGGAAUGGGCAACCUAGAAGAAGCACAAGGAUGGGCUGAACGUGGCCUAAAGCUCGUAGAAAAUUUUCGUCCAAAAAAAAAAGUUAUGAGGGAAUGUGAUGAAAGUUGCGGUGUAUUGUUGUUUAACUUAGGAAUGAUUUCAGAAUUGUCUGGUAAUCUUACAAAAGCUAGCGAAUAUUAUGAAAAGGCUCGCCUUUUUGCGAAACGAAUAAAUUUUGCUGACUGUGUUACAGAAGCUGAUCUUGCAUUGCAAAGAAUUACCAUUUUGUCGAGCGAGA